AACAGUAUAAAUAUGUGAUCCAUUUCAUGAGCUCUAUCUGUAUCUACAUCUGCAUCUGGCGGUAGAAUAAUCCAAUCCAAUGGAAAAUGGAAAUGGAAAUGAAUACCCAAUUCGUAAAUCUCGGUCUAUGGGAACAACAGAGAGCAGUUGGUGUGCUGCAGUGGAUAGUGGCACGGGGACUUCCAUAUCAGGCAUCCUGUUAGGCCAAUCCAUAGACCCCGCCCCUCUGCGAGCAGCCAUUUCCACAAUUUUAUCUUCCCAACCUCUUCUCAGAUCUUGGAUUACAGAAAAAGAAGGGCAAUUGCGCUUUGAUGUAGAUGCCAGUACACUGUUGGAUGUUGAGGUAGUAGAUAAGGCUGAGAGGGCUGAAGAGGAGGACCCAGAUAGAACUCAAGAGCCAUGGUUGCAGAUUGUAGAAGAUGAGAUGGAUGCAGGAUUUCCCAAAGAGAAACCAUUCAGAGUCUUCCAAGUUAAGUUAUAUAGGCUCCCUGAUGCAAACAGCCUUAUCAUACUUAGGUUCCACACUGGUGCUGCUGAUUUUGCUUCUGCUGUGCGUGUUUGUUCUGAACUCAUGAAACAUUUGAAGGAAUGUCUUGAGCUAAAUGGGGAGGGAUCGGAUCAGAAGGUGCCAAAUCUUGAGGAGGAGGAGGACGACAUUUUUGAGUUGCAGGUUCCAUCUCUUGAAGCCGCCACUCCUCCUGCAAAGGCCAAGAAGUCUUUUUGGGCUCAUGGUAUCGAUGUUUUGGGGUAUGGUCUGGCUUCAUUUAGGCACGCUCUUCUUCCUUUGGAGAAUGUUGUUGACGAGAGGCAGUCUCGUGUGAUCGUUGCUGAAUUCAAGGAAGAUGCUACUCGCCUCAUCCUUGAAUUGUGUAAACAAAAAUCUUCAGAUUUGAAUGGAUUGUUGGAUGCUGCGGCAUUGAAGGCUGUUGCAAAGUUUAAAGGCACUGGAAAAAGAGGAGAGCACUAUGCAGUAGUUAUACUGCUCAACUGUAGGUCCAUGUUGGAGCCAGCGAUACCAGAUUCCACUUCUGGUUUCUACAAUGCAGCCAUCAUGAAGACAAUCCAUGCCACUGAAACAGUUCCAUUGUGGGAGCUGGCAACUAGAAUUACCAAGGACUUCGAUCAAGCAGUGAAAAACAACAAACAUUUCACAGAUAUGGGUGAUUUAAAUAUGCUCAUGACUCAGGCCAUAACACGCCCAGCAGUAACCCCUUCAUCCUCCAUGCGCACAGCCUUUCUUUCGAAUGCGCGAGAUGCUUGUCGCGAAGAAGUAGAUAAGGGGUUACUUUCCUCUUUAAGUGUAAAGGACUGGAUUACCUGCACUUCCCUAAAUGGAAUUGGGCCUUGUCUUGCGUUGUAUCCUGUUCUCAGAAAUGGUUGCCUCAGAGUUUCCUUUGUCUACUGCAACCCGCUCUUCUCUACCGAAACCAUCAAGUGUUUGGUGGAUGAUAUAUCAUCUAUGCUUAAUGAUCUGGACAAGUGAGUUUGAAAGACGGAGUUUAACUGCAAAGUGGUUAUUCAUCAGGCUACAUAUGCCUUGGUUUCUCUUUUACAUGCACUUACGCUACUUUUUUUUCAUCUAUAUUGAAUUCCAUCAAAUGGACCAAAAAAGCUGCAUAUUUUCUUGACUUAAAAGCUUUCAGAUGGAUGAAGAUUGGGAUUGUAUUGGUAUGAGCAUUGUCUUCUUUAUGAUCUAUGUAAUAUGAUAGGAGUUUUGGAUAUGGCAGCGUGUAAGAGCAGCCUGUUAUAGGAAUUUUAUUUGAACAGAGACACCUGCACGAGUUUCAGUGGAAAUAUUAAAUAAACUCACAUCUUAAAAAAAGGCUUCUUUAUCAA